AUGUCACCUCGAUUCCCGCAAACCUCCUACCCUCGGCACCCGCAUCACCUCCCACGCCCGCCCCGAGUCCAACCCCCCCAUCAGCGCCCUCCGAACUGGCACUCGUCCGAUGACGAAGAGAGCAAUUUCCUCCUCAACCUUCGCAUCCAUUUCAGCACACUCUCCAACUCUCAGAAACAGAAACUUCUCGAGGGCAUCCUGGACGUCUGCGACAGCCCACAGCUGAGUUUUGUUUCGAGCUACGUUGGCCCGCGCUUGCGCAAGGAUCCAUUUUCGGUCUUUCCCAACGAACUAUGUCUCAGGGUACUAUCUUUUAUCGACGACCCCAAGAGCCUCGCACGGUCCUCACAAGUAUCGAGGCGGUGGCGUGAACUCUUGAACGAUGAUAUUACAUGGAAGAACCUUUGCGAGAAGCACGCUUACUCAAUACGCCGCAUUCCAGAAGAAGAUGCCAUGGAGCCGAGUACCCCUCGCUCUGUAGAGUCUGUUCCAGAACCAAGCGUUCCUAGUGACUCUGAAAGUCGCUUAGUAGCAUCCAAUGAGGCUGCUGUCGAAAGCGCCCCCAGACUUCCCCGCACCUUUUCUGGAGAGUGGCUUCCCUCGAUCAGCUCCUCCUCUCGCAGGCGUCGAACCAGGCCGGUGUCGUACCGUUCUCAAUUUAAGCAGAGGUACAUGGUUGAAUCGGCUUGGAAUAAGGGCGGGCGAUGCACGCAGCGCCAUAUCACGCCUGACCAGGGCGUGGUCACCAGUUUACACUUGACUCCUAAGUACAUUGUGGUUGCAUUGGAUAAUGCGAAGAUCCAUGUGUAUGACACCAAUGGAGAUAAUCAAAAAACCCUACAGGGCCAUGUUAUGGGCGUGUGGGCCAUGGUUCCGUGGGACGAUAUUUUGGUCAGCGGAGGAUGCGACCGAGAAGUACGAGUAUGGAACAUGGCGACAGGGGACACCACUCUGCGAAUAUGGGAUCUCGCCUCAGGUACAUGCCGUAAUGUUCUGGUUGGGCACCAAGCUAGCGUGCGAUGCCUUGCGAUUCACGGCGAUCUAGUUGUUUCGGGAAGCUACGACACCACUGCCCGGAUAUGGAGCAUACCCCAGGGCCGCUGCCUUCGGACUCUCUCUGGUCACUUCAGUCAAAUUUACGCGAUCGCUUUUGACGGCCGGCGGAUAGCUACAGGCAGCCUGGAUACCAGUGUGCGAAUUUGGGAUCCACAAUCCGGCCAAUGUCACGCUAUCCUUCAAGGUCAUACAUCUCUAGUGGGUCAGCUUCAGAUGCGUGGAGACACUCUAGUGACCGGUGGUUCUGACGGCUCCGUCCGGGUCUGGUCACUAACUAAGAUGGCGCCCAUCCAUCGCUUAGCAGCCCACGACAAUAGCGUGACCAGCCUCCAAUUUGACAAUACUCGCAUUGUCAGUGGUGGAAGUGACGGUCGGGUGAAGGUGUGGAGCUUACAGACGGGCCAGCUUCUACGGGAACUUUCUACACCGGCCGAAGCGGUGUGGAGGGUUGCCUUUGAAGAGGAAAAGGCGGUCAUCAUGGCUAGUCGAUCUGGCCGAACAGUCAUGGAGGUUUGGUCAUUCUCGCCGCCUCCCGACGAUGAUGAAGAGUAUUUUGCCAUCGAAAGCACUUCAAGCACGCCAGGAAUUGGCUCAACCCAUGACGACGCUUUGAAGGCGUCAUGCCGAUCUAGAGCCCUUUACUCCGACCCACCACCUACUCUCCCUUCAGGCAGCGAUGCAGACCAGCCGAUGCCUGAUGCGUGA